AUGGCGGAAGACGCGGAUAUGCGCAAUGAGCUGGAAGAGAUGCAGCGGCGUGCCGACCAGCUUGCUGAUGAAUCCCUUGAGAGCACCCGCCGAAUGCUGCAGCUUGUUGAAGAGAGUAAAGAUGCUGGUAUCAGGACUUUGGUUAUGUUGGAUGAGCAAGGAGAACAACUGGAACGCAUCGAAGAGGGAAUGGACCAAAUCAAUAAGGACAUGAAAGAAGCAGAAAAGAAUUUGACGGACCUAGGAAAAUUCUGUGGUCUUUGUGUCUGUCCAUGUAACAAGCUUAAAUCAAGUGAUGCUUACAAAAAAGCCUGGGGCAAUAAUCAGGACGGUGUUGUAGCCAGCCAGCCUGCACGUGUCGUAGAUGAACGGGAGCAGAUGGCCAUCAGUGGUGGCUUUAUCCGCAGGGUAACAAAUGAUGCCCGGGAAAACGAAAUGGAUGAAAACCUUGAGCAGGUCAGUGGCAUCAUUGGCAACUUACGUCACAUGGCCCUGGACAUGGGCAACGAGAUCGACACACAGAAUCGCCAGAUUGACAGGAUCAUGGAGAAGGCCGAUUCCAAUAAAACCAGGAUUGAUGAAGCCAACCAGCGUGCAACAAAGAUGCUCGGCAGUGGUUAA